GGGCAAAGAGAGAAAUCAGGCCUUGGAUCUUCGAUCUCCAUGGAUUCUUUGGUUGUAUGAUCUGGAAAUUCUUGUUCUGUACUUGAUUUGAGUGUAUCUCAGUAAUAUCGCUUGAAUCCCUCUUAUCUAAGUCGAUCUAAGGCUCAAGGAGAAGCUAGCAGCGUUGGAUCUGGAUCGUUAACAACAAUGAGUAGAAGCAAGCUCAACGAUGUAGAGAUGUAGAUCUUAUUCUCGGAUCUGUUCUCUAUCCGAUCAGAUCUGCUCUCUCUAUCUCUCUGAUCUGCUAGUAUGGUGGUGCGAGCAAGGAAGAAAGACUCAGGAAUUGUAUACGCCUUGAAGAUCAUGGAUAAAAAAUUUAUUACGAAAGAAAACAAAACCAAUUAUGUGAAGUUGGAGCGUAUUGUGCUAGAUUUGUUGGAUCAUCCUGGCAUUGUGCGGCUCUUUUUUACAUUUCAAGAUACUUUUUCUCUAUACAUGGCACUUGAGUCCUGUGAAGGUGGUGAACUUUUUGAUCAAAUAACCAGGUCACAAGACUCGCGACAUGACUCAAUUAAGCCAGAGAACCUGCUACUCACUGCUGAAGGACAUAUUAAAAUUGCUAAUUUUGGUAGUGUGGAGCCCAUGCAGGAUAGUCAGAUUACAAUCCUUCCUAAUGCAUCAUCUGAUGAUAAAGCUU